UUAGAUGAAAGUGAAACUCAGCUGCUCCAUUUUGUUCCGAGAGGAAAAUAAAAUAUUCCAGGAGUAAAAGCUAAAGCUCUGAUAUAUAAACGCUCUAAAUGAAGACGUUUAGAGUUAAUAUAAGGAGUUUUGUUGGUUUGUACUGAAGUUUUGAAUGUACACAGGUUGUUUUAUGACUUGAUAUCGUGUGUAUAGUGUUUGAUUUAACACACCGAUGUUGGAGUGAAGUAAACGUGUGUCCUGCUGUAAUCUGGAGAAGGAGACAUGACCUCCAACAUGAGUGUGUCUGGAAAACAGGACUUAAAGAAAGACGAGAGAAUGAUGGAGGGAAAGAGAUCAGACUCACCAGAACCCAGCUGUGUGUCCAUGAAGAGUGACUGGUCAAUGGAUCGUCCAGUUCGCUUCAGAGACAGUUCUACUGAUGUGAGAAUGAUGGAGGGAAAAAGAUCAGACUCACCAGAACCCAGCUGUGUGUCCAACAAGAGUGACCGGUCAAUGGGACGUCCAUUUAACUUCAGAGACAGUUCUACUGAUGUGAGACCACAGAAGAAGAAAUCAAACAUCAGCAGAAAUCAGCUGGACUCCAUAUUCAAGGAGCUGGAACACAAAGUCAUCACUCUGAUAAAGAAUGAGCUGAAGAGGUUUAGGAAGCUCCUGAGUCCAGAUUACCCAGCAUGCACUGAGAGGGAGGUGGAGGAUGAGGAGGAUCUGCACAGUGUCAGAGAGGGAGCUCUGAAGAUCACACUGCACUUCCUGAAGAACAUGAAGCACACAGAUCUCGCUAACACACUGCAGAACAAACUCGUGUAUCAGACAAAGCUGAAAUCCAACCUGAGAGACAAGUUUAAAAGAAUUAAUGAAGGAAUCUCACAGCAUGGAAGAUCAGCACUUCUGAAUGAGAUCUACACAGAGCUCUACAUCACAGAGGGUUGGAGUGGAGACGUCAAUAAUGAACAUGAGGUGAGACAGAUUGAGACAGUGUCCAGGAGACCAGCAACACAGGAGACAUCCAUCAACUGUAAUGACCUCUUUAAGGACAAGUCCAUCAGAACUGUGCUGACUAAAGGAGUUGCUGGAAUUGGAAAAACAGUCUCUGUGCAGAAGUUCAUUCUGGACUGGACUGAAGGAAAAUCAAAUCAGGACAUCACCUUCAUGUUUCCACUUCCCUUUAGAGAGCUGAAUCUGAUGAAGGAGAAAAAUCUCAGUCUGAUGAAUCUUCUUCAUCACUUUUUCCCAGAAAUAAGAGAACUAGAAUCAAUAGACUGUGACUCCUACAAAGUGGUGUUGAUCUUUGAUGGUCUGGAUGAGUGUCGACUUCCUCUAAAUUUCCAGAAGAAUGAGAGAUUGUGUGAUGUGACAGAGUCAGCCUCAGUGGAUGUUCUGCUGACGAACCUCAUCAAGAGGAAUCUGCUUCCCUCUGCUCUUCUCUGGAUAACCUCUCGACCAGGAGCAGCCAAUCAGAUCCCUCCUGAGUGUGUAGACCAGGUAACAGAGGUACGAGGGUUUAAUGAUCCUCAGAAAGAGGAGUACUUCAGGAAGAGGAUCAGUGAUCAGAGCCUGGCCAAUAAAAUCAUCAGACACAUGAAGUCUUCAAGAAGCCUCUACAUCAUGUGCCACAUCCCAGUCUUCUGCUGGAUCUCAGCCACUGUUCUAGAGAGAAUGUUGGGUGAAGCAGAGAGUGGAGAGAUCCCCAAGACUCUGACUCAAAUGUUUACACACUUCCUGAUCUUUCAGAUCAAACACAAGGAUGAAAAGUACCAUCAGAAACAUGACCCUGAUCCUCAGCAGACCAGAGAGAGUAUCCUGGCACUGGGAAAACUGGCUUUCCAGCAGCUGGAGAAAGGAAACCUGAUCUUCUAUGAGGAAGACCUGAGAGAGUGUGGCAUUGAUGUCAGAGAAGUGUCAGUGUACUCAGGAGUGUGUACCCAGAUCUUCAGAGAGGAGUUUGGGCUUCACCUGGGGAAGGUGUUCAGCUUUGUACAUCUGAGUGUUCAGGAGUUUCUGGCUGCUUUAUACGUGUUUUUCUGCUUUAAAUUUAGAAAGACAAAUGUGCUUGUGGAGCAAAGCACUGGACUUUUUAAUUUCUUCAGAAAUCCAAACAUGUCUGAUCUCCUCAGGAGUGCAAUGGACAAGGCCUUACAGAGUGAGAAUGGACACCUGGACCUGUUCCUCCGCUUCCUUCUGGGUCUCUCACUGGAGUCCAAUCAGACUCUCUUACGAGACUUAAUGCCACAGACAGGAAGUAGUUCUCACAGCAAACAGGAAACAGUGGAGUACAUCAAGGAGAAGAUCAGGGAGAAUCCAACUCCAGAGAAAUCCAUCAAUCUGUUCCACUGUCUGAAUGAACUGAAUGAUCAUUCUCUAGUGCAGGAAGUACAGACUUACCUGAACAGAGGAGGUAACAGGAGUCUCAGUGGAUCCAGUCUCUCUCCUGCUCAGUGGUCAGCUCUGGUGUUUGUGUUACUGACCUCAGAACAGGAGCUGGAUGAGUUUGAUUUGAGUAAAUAUGAUCAAUCAGAUGAAUGUCUUCUGAGUCUGCUGCCAGUGGUCAAAGCCUCCAGAAAAGCUGAGUGAGUAUUUUUAUUUAUAAAUGUAUUACUGCAUGGUUUGUUAUUUUAAUGUAACACUGAACUGCACUGUUUGGAUUAAUGCUUGUUAAUAGUUCCUCUAAUCCUCUUUAAACAAACCUCUGGUACUUUUACAGAAGAUUGUUUCACUUUUUACACUAACACGUCAUGUCUGCACUGAGGGCUGGGCCAUAUGGACAAAAUCUUAUGGAUCAGGAUAUGAAUCAU